ACGGUAGCGAGGGCUGGACCGGCGGCGGCAUUUACGGUAACGGGGCCGGGCUCGCCGAGGCCCGUCGGCUUGGCCAGCUCUGGGCGUUAUCAAGUGAUCUCCGGCCAAGGCGGCCGCCACCCCUGCACCCAGCGGAAAAUGCAAAAUGGCCCUCUGGGGCAGUGAGGGGCCGUGGCCCUCGGCCCGGGCCUGCCGCACCCCCUUCCCGCAGCUGGCGGCCGGCAGCGCUGAGCAGGGUCCGGGUGUAGCCCCCUCUCGCCCCUCCGCAGGGGCGCCGGCCUGAACUGGGCGCGGGAACCAGGCCGCCCUCGGCGCCCAGCCCGCCCUAGUUCCGCGCGCCGCCCCCGCCGUGCCGCGCCCACAUGGGUCUGUGCUACAGUCUGCGGCCGCUGCUUUUCGGGGGCCCAGGGGACGACCCCUGCGCGGCCUCGGAGCCCCCGGUGCAGGACACGCAGCCCGCCCCGGCCCCAGUCCGGGCGGCCGCAAGGGACACGGCUCGGACCUCGCUCCCUCGGGGCGGCGGCGGGAGCCCGGCAUGCGCUCGGCCCAAAGCUGACAAGCCGAAGGAGAAGCGGCAGCGCACCGAGCAGCUGAGCGCCGAGGAGCGCGAGGCGGCCAAGGAGGCGAGGAAAGUGAGCCGGGGCAUCGACCGCAUGCUGCGCGAGCAGAAGCGCGACCUGCAGCAGACGCACCGGCUCCUGCUGCUCGGGGCUGGUGAGUCUGGGAAAAGCACUAUCGUGAAACAGAUGAGGAUCCUGCACGUCAAUGGGUUUAAUCCCGAGGAAAAGAAACAGAAAAUUCUGGACAUCCGGAAAAAUGUUAAAGAUGCUAUCGUGACAAUUGUUUCAGCAAUGAGUACUAUAAUACCUCCAGUUCCACUGGCCAACCCUGAAAACCAAUUUCGAUCAGACUACAUCAAGAGCAUAGCCCCUAUCACUGACUUUGAAUAUUCCCAGGAAUUCUUUGACCAUGUGAAAAAACUUUGGGACGAUGAAGGAGUGAAGGCAUGCUUUGAGAGAUCCAAUGAAUACCAGCUGAUUGACUGUGCACAAUACUUCCUGGAAAGAAUCGACAGCGUCAGCUUGGUUGACUACACACCCACAGACCAGGACCUCCUCAGAUGCAGAGUUCUGACAUCUGGGAUUUUUGAGACACGAUUCCAAGUGGACAAAGUAAACUUUCACAUGUUUGAUGUUGGCGGCCAGAGGGAUGAGAGGAGAAAAUGGAUCCAGUGCUUUAAUGAUGUCACGGCUAUCAUUUACGUCGCAGCCUGCAGUAGCUACAACAUGGUGAUUCGAGAAGAUAACAACACCAACAGACUGAGAGAGUCCCUCGAUCUUUUUGAAAGCAUCUGGAACAACAGGUGGUUACGGACCAUUUCUAUCAUCUUGUUCUUGAACAAACAAGAUAUGCUGGCAGAAAAAGUCUUGGCAGGGAAAUCAAAAAUUGAAGACUACUUCCCAGAAUAUGCAAAUUAUACUGUUCCUGAAGACGCAACACCAGAUGCAGGAGAAGAUCCCAAAGUUACAAGAGCCAAGUUCUUUAUCCGGGACCUGUUUUUGAGGAUCAGCACAGCCACCGGCGAAGGCAAACAUUACUGCUACCCGCACUUCACCUGCGCCGUGGACACAGAGAACAUCCGCAGGGUGUUCAACGACUGCCGCGACAUCAUCCAGCGGAUGCACCUCAAGCAGUACGAGCUCUUGUGAGGAUGCUGCUGCCACCCCGCGAUGGAGCGGCGCCCCAGACCGCCUGACUGCCAGCCCCAUGCCAUGGUAGGAGGCAGGGUCUCUAGUUCCAUCUCGCUGCCGUCUGUCCCGUUCUGUGUCGACCACCAAGCCUCUGGCUACCUCUGUCCCCUCAGGUUUGGUUGUGUAGCUUCUGUUAUUGAAUACAACCUUCCGCAGCAUCCCACUCCCAAACCACCGACUCUCAUUGCUGACACUGCAGCAGAAUCUCUCCGGGUGGGAGCCCCUUUAUUCAUUCUCCCUUUAUUGAUUCAUCGAGGAGAACUUGCUAGAUGGGGAGAAAACGCAGUUUGCUUUUUCCCCACGUUGUCAAGGGUGACUGCAAGAGCGCACGUGCGGUGCCCUGAGCCCUGGCCCCCUCUGAUUUUCCCUUUAUGAAGCUGCAGGUUGACGAGCGAUGGUCCCUUCCCAUUGGCCUUAGCCCUAGACUUAGAGUCAACCCCAAGCGACAGAGUGACCAAAAACCCUUUUACAGUCACAUUCAGAGUCGCUGCUGGCCUCAGGCAUUUGAAUUAGAGCUACUUUGAGCCUCUUACAUUUAGGCAGAAAACCUACCACAUUCACUACUGCAAAAUGUGUCUUGUGUAAAAAUGAUUCUCUAAACUUUCACUAAGGCAUAGUCUUCUUUCUUAGAUUCUCUUUGUUGUUGUCCCUAUUGCUGGUUUAUUAUACUGUACAGACCACAAAAUGUAAUAUUCUUUUGUAUAACUACUAAAGAAAAAUCCUUGUAGAUCUUUGUGCCUU